UGACCAACAAUCCUGUUAGUAUACUCACUUCAAAAAGUUCCAUAUUAGCUGAGAGCUGAGAGAUUUCAUACUAGAUUUCAUGCCAAAUUUCAUGCUUGAUAAAGUUCUUAUGAUAGUCUGUGUAUCAGCAUAAUAUAGCGUGUGGUCAAUGUUUCGAUCCUGCCGGAAAUUGUGCAUCAUAUCUUUUACCGCAUGAGGCGGCGACGUACUGGGAGCACCCUUAAAUGAAUGAUUCACACUUUCUCUCGCUUUCCUGAGGAAAAGAAGGGUUUCAAGCGUUGCACAGCGGAAAGAGGACUCAUGAUACAGUACACCCUAACGCUGUGAUAUAGGCGGCAUCCAUGUCAUAGUCGUGUGUCCUGUAUUUAGGAACCUCAUGAUGGAGAGAAAGCAUCUGUCGGGCCAAUACAGAGGGUACAGAGGUCUCUAACCAUGGUGGAUUUAUAUUUCACAUUCAGGAUACUUGCCAGACUGGAAUUGGAUUAACCCACACACAGUUGAUGGGAACUUGGAAUGAAAUAUAUCUGACGGUCUCAUAGUGGGAAGAAUCCGUCCAUCCUUGCUUUGGAUGCAAGUCUUUCCGGUGGGGUCCAUCACAGAUGACCCAUUGACAAUGAAAGAAGCACCAAAAUCAAAGAAGACCAGACUGAUGUUCUUUUCAACUCUGGUCAUAGUAACUACCGUUUGGUUAAUACUUUGGACAACGUCUCCUGAUCAUGGUCAUUUGACAUGGCAAGAAGAUGUAUCAUCCACGCCUGCAUUGUGCCAUCCUUCAACAAUCAGGGAAGUCCAACCUACACUUCACAACAACUGUACUGCAGGGUGCUGCCCUCAACACCGGAUAGUAUUUAUAAAAACCCACAAGACUGCUAGCAGUACCACGGCAUCCAUUCUUGAACGCUAUGGCUACCGCCACAAUCUAUCUUUUGCAGUUCGUCCAGCAGGUCACAUUAUCGCACAGAAUGUACUAUUUCACCGAUCCCUUGUCGCCGACUUUGAAUCAUCGACCAAGAACAGUUGCUCAAAUGAUGACGGGGGGUUCGACAUGCUGACGAACCACGCCAGGUAUAAUAGACCAGAAAUGGAAGCCGUGGUCCACCAUGCCAAAUACUUAACAAUUCUUCGAGAACCAACGGCACAGUUCGAAUCGGCCUUUGGCUACUUCCAUGUAGCUGAAAAGCUUGGUUUGUCAAGGUAUGAUAAUCCAAUUGAAGAAUUCAUGAAAAAUCCCGAAACAUACCUUAACAUGAGAACUUUUGAUUACUAUUGGCAGUCUAUGAAAAAUCAGCAACUUUUUGAUCUGGGUCUUGACCAUAAAGACCACGAUGACGAAUACAUCGUGGAUUAUAAAAUACAAACUCUUGAGAAAGAACUUGACUUAGUCAUGUUGACAGAGUAUUUCCCUGAAUCAAUAGUCCUUCUCAAGAAGUUGCUUUGCUGGGACUUCGAUGACAUGUUGUACAUGUCUAACGGAGUCCGGAGUAAGUCACUUCGUUACUCAAUAACACCUGAACUACGCGCAAAGAUCCGAAACUGGAAUUGCGCCGAUGCCAAACUCUAUGAUCAUUUCAACCAAACAUUCUGGAAAAGGGUCAAGGAAUACGGACCCGAAUUUGACAAAGACCUCGCUACAUUCCUAAGAAAGCAGAAAGAACUGGAGAAUGAAUGCAUUGAUUUAAGUGCAACGCAGGAUAUGAGCCGAGAAAUAGUUUACCAUUUGAAAUCAAAUGCAAGCACGAGGUGUAAAGAUAUUCUUCGCGGAGAUGUAGAUUAUACAACCCUUAUACAAGAUCGGAUGAGGGAAAAUGGUCAAUUGUCAUCAAAAUUCUCGUUUACAUAUCUCCGUGAUGUUUACAAUUCAAUCUUUCCUGUUUAGCUGCUUGUUGUACCAUGGGCGAUGCUAGAUGGUAGUUAGAGGACAAAUCUGAAAUAUCACUUGUUUUCUCUUCCACAUGUUUUUUUUAACAGUUAUAUGACUUGUUAAACAAGUUACGAUGUUAUCAAUGUGCUUUUGAGGGCUUUGAAAGUUUUCGAACAAAUACAGUUAUUUUAUUAUGCAAAAGUUAAAGGAUUCGCUAUUUUUAAAUGAAAUUUGAUUCCUACUGAAAUACAAUACAUCUGAAUAACUUCAUACGUGUUUACUGCGAUCUUCAUUUUCUGGAAAUAUUAUUUACAGUCAUGUUUAAAGUGAAUAAAUGAAAUGGUAUCUACUUGGCAAACAUUUUGGUGAAAUAACAAGCUCAGAUGGUCCAAAAUGCAUUUCACUUUUUAAAACCUCUAGAAAGGGUAAACGAGUGCCGCCAAUGUCUGAAGUCCUAAAAGUGUUGAAGCUUACUUGAUACACGAAAAUCAAAGAGUUUGAGCAAUCGUGACAAUUGAUUCGACAGGAGUUAUGACAUUGGCUGAGCUCGAAGGGCCAUUUUGAACCGGUUCUCUAGGAAUUAUGAUUUGAUGGAAAAGUGAUAAUAAAGAUUCUAAAUAAGAUUCUAAAAAAUUGAUGAAACAUACAAAGUUAUGACUUCUUAUAAUAUUUCAAUGAUUCCGAAUGUCUGUUCCAUGCAUGUAAAAAAAACACAGAAUAAUUACUACUGAUUUUCAAUAAGAUCGCAAUCGUUGCACAUUACUUUGCAACAAGGAGAUAAUGUAUGAAUAAAAAACAUAAUUAUGAAGUAUAAUUUCUCAUGAUUUUGUGGUAUUGUAAUUCAGUAGGGCUCAAGAUGCGUUCGAAGUACAGGGUUCCUUAACGUAUCGUAUGCUGCUAAUUUGUUUUUUAAUGUUCAGUAUUAUGUGUACAUCUUAGCAGGUUCAGGCCGAUAUCCAUUUUCCAUUUGCGUGUAUAUAUUGCGUCUUUGCCUCAAAUUGUAGGCCUGUAUUUAUUUUGAACGUUGUUUUGCAAGUUUGUAUUGUUUUUUAGAUACAUUAUGCUAGUCACACUAUAUGAAACCGACUCCAAACCGACCGAUGGUUUGUCUAGCUUUGAUCGGUCUGGAGUCGGUUGAGGGGUGAAACUGCCCUCAUUGCCAUGAAUUUAGUGUGAGAAUUCAAAGUUUUAGCGGAUUUUGCCUCUUGUUGGUCUCAUUCAAAUUUUACAACAGAGCUCUUCUAUUUCAAAGCAAACAUCUAAGUUUUCUAACGGAGAACUAUGAUUUUCUAAUGAGUAAUGGUGCAAUAUUUUAUUUUCUCGGCGAAUAUAUAAUACUGUAUUAUGCAUAGUAUAUUGUAUUUUGAGUGGUGCUGCAUUCGCAUGAAUUUAAUGACUGAUAUACCAGAAUUAAUGCAUUUUUUGGAAUGUCAAACAGUUGGUAAUAGUAUGUAUACAAUAUUGCAGUAUUUCUAUGUAUAUACAACCUUAAUUUGUAUUAUUAUCAUGAUUAUUAUAUGCACUGAUACUAAGUGUUCAAAUUAGCCUGUCAUCUUAUGAAGGAAUAUCCUGAGGGUGACAUAGCUAUAAACGACUAUCGUCGUAUAUACACGUA